GCCGCUGAGAGCAGCUGCAUUACAAUUUUCGAGAAAACACGGUUAGCUUUGUUGCAGCAGCACUCGCACCACCAACAAGACCACAAUCAUGGCUGUCUUUGGCAUGGUCUCGGCCGUGUCCGGCUUCAUCAAGAUACGCUAUCUGCUGGACAAGGCGGUCAUCGAUAACAUGGUAUUCCGCUGCCACUACAGGAUCACAACAGCCAUACUCUUCACCUGUUGCAUCAUUGUUACGGCCAACAACCUCAUCGGCGAUCCCAUAAGCUGCAUCAACGAUGGCUCCAUACCGAUGCACGUGAUCAACACAUUCUGCUGGAUCACGUAUACGUUCACGAUACCCGGACAGCAGCACAGGCAGAUUGGCACGGACGUCGCCGGCCCAGGAUUGGGGAAUGAAUAUGGCCAGGAGAAGCGCUAUCACAGCUACUACCAGUGGGUGCCAUUCGUGCUGUUCGCUCAGGGCCUCAUGUUCUAUAUUCCCCAUUGGAUUUGGAAGAACAUGGAGGACAAUAAGAUCCGCAUGAUUACCGAUGGCUUGCGCGGAAUGGUCAGUGUCCCGGACGACUAUCGUCGGGAGCGGCAGGAUCGCAUCCUCAAGUACAUUGAGAGCAGUCUGAACACCCACAAUGGCUACUCGUUCGCCUACUACAUCUGCGAGCUGCUGAACUUUGUGAACGUGAUCGUCAACAUUUUCAUGGUGGAUAAAUUUCUGGGCGGUGCUUUCAUGUCCUACGGCACGGAUGUGGUCAAGUUCUCGAACAUGGAUCAGGACAAGCGCUUCGAUCCGAUGAUUGAGAUAUUCCCGAGGCUCACCAAGUGCACAUUCCGUAAAUUUGGUCCCAGCGGUUCCCUACAGAAGCACGACACGCUCUGUGUACUGGCCCUGAAUAUUCUCAACGAGAAGAUCUACAUAUUUUUGUGGUUCUGGUUCAUUAUUUUGGCCACCAUUUCGGGGGUGGCUGUGCUCUAUUCAUUGAUGGUGAUCAUGAUGCCCACCACCCGAGAGACGAUCAUCAAGCGUUCGUAUCGCUCCGGUCAGCGCAAGGAAAUCGCUUGUCUUGUCCGGCGCUUGGAGAUUGGUGACUUCUUGAUCUUGCACUUCCUCAGCCAGAAUCUCAGCACGCGAUCCUAUUACGAUAUGCUGCAGCAGUUGUGCAGUCGUCUUGGUACUUCGCGCACCCCAUCGGCCCCAUCGACACUGGAAAUGAACCCCAUCAGCCAUCCCAUCUAUCCGCCAGUGCAGAACUUUGCCGGCGGCAAGGAGACGGAGACAUAAGACGGAGGACUCUCCCGAGCAAACGGAGUGACGCUUCUGAACAAUGAUUUCAAUGAUUUCUCAAUAAUAUUUGUAGGCAGAAGAGACAGAACAGGAGGAAGGGAGAGUCGUGUGUCGUGUGGUGUCGUGUUUCCAUAUCUAGAACUAAGACUGUUUCGAGCUACUUUUUGGAUGAAUCAAUUAAAUAAUAAUUUAUGCGAAA